CUCUCUCUCUGCAGCAGACGGACCAGCAGCAGGAAGUAGGCGGCUCAGUGAGCCGUUCUCAGCUUCAGCCAAACAUCGUCAGGUCACUGAGAAGAACAAUGGAAGGAACAUCUCACUGUCUGAYCUUUCUGAUCUUCUUGCUGAGCUGCUCUGCAGAUCCAGUCUCUCCAGCUGCUCUGACUGUGAGUCCCAGCAGAUCUCAGUUCUUUGAAGGAGAAUCAAUGACUCUGACCUGUGAGGAUGGAAACAUCUCUGAUGGAUGGACUGUGAGGAGAAACACAGACAGAGAGACCAGGACUCAGUGUGGAGAUGGAUUUGGAAGAUCCAUUGCUUCUACCUGCAGCAUCAGCUACUUGUACCCUUCAGACUCAGGUGUGUACUGGUGUGAGUCCACAUCUGGAUCCUCCCCCAGCAGCAGCAGCAGCAUCCAGCUCUCUGUCUCUGUGAUCCUGCAGAGUCCUGUCCUCCCUGUGAUGGAGGGAGAUGACGUCACUCUGAGCUGCAGAGCAAAGAGUCCAGCCCACAACCUCCCAGCUGCUUUCUAUAAAGAUAAAGUCKUCAUUGGUCAUGGAGCAUCGGGAAACUUUACUCUUAAAACAGUGAAGAGAUCUGAUGAAGGCUUUUAUAAAUGCAGCAUCAGCGAUCAGGGAGAGUCUCCAUCCAGCUGGAUCUCUGUGGAAGUUGUAUCUGAUUCUGGCUCUCAGAUGGGGAAUCGCUGCGGUUUUGCUGCCGACUCUGGUUUUACUGCUGAAACGAUAUUUUCAGAGAAAAUAUGAAACCGACCCUGUGAA